AUGGAAAAGAACAUUUUGGUGGUUGGAUGUGGGGGUAUUGGUUGUGAGCUGCUUAAGCUUUUAAUGCUCAAAGGAAUAAAACACGUAACAAUCGUGGACAAUGACACGAUAGAAGUUACAAAUUUAAACCGUCAAUUCUUUUUUACUCGAAGCAAUGUCGGAAAAUUCAAGACCGAUAUAACAAAGCAGUAUUACGAACAAAUGGUUCGUGAUGCCAGAGUUAUAUCCUAUAAUGAGAGUAUUAUUAACGAAAGAUUCGAUCUUAAGUUCUUUGAAACCUUUGAAAUCGUGUAUAAUUGUUUGGACAACGUUGAAGCCCGUUCAUACGUUAGUCUGAGGUGCAGGCUGGCCCGUGUACCGCUUGUUGAUGGUGGAUCAGCAGGGUAUUUGGGACAGUCAAUGGUAUUUUUUGAAAAUGAGUGCUACGACUGCACACCAAAAAUACGGGAACAGAGUUUUCCGAUCUGUACAAUUCGAGGCAGACCGCAAAGCUUCGUGCAUUGUGUUGCUUAUGCCAAAGAAGUAGUCUACGCUAACAUUAGAAAGAAACGAGCGAGAUACAAAGAAUUAGAGAAUGUUUGCAGGUUUCUAUUUGGUAGUAGAGAAUGCGAUAGCAGUAAGACGAAGAUUGCUAAAAAAAUAAUGAAGUAUCACGCAAGGUUAAAGAGGUCAAACUUCCCUGUCUUCAACAAGGACAACAGAAAUAUAAACAAAUUUAUUUACUACGUGGCUCAAGCUCGUGCCAGUAACUACGGUAUUACCGUUGAGAAUUUUUUUACGGCAGAGAAGAUUGUCAAAAAUAUUAUACCUUCGAUUUGCACCACAAAUGCUGCAGUGGCGUCUUUGAUGUUGAUCUCAGCAGCAGGGCUUACGCACAACUAUUUUCUUACAAAGAAUAAGAAGCUCAUUAUUAAAAAUUACCCGGGAAUAAGCAGUUCUACCUGCGGUAUCUGUGGUGUAAAAUGGUUUGUUCUACAUUUGAAUAACAAUGUAUUAAUGAUGUCUGAUUUUUUGGAAAAGAUUGGACUUGAAAGCGCCAUUUUUGUGAUUAAUAAUAGAUUUUAUGACUCACAGAGGGACAUAAAUGAGUUAAUCGUAUCACAUAAUUCGAUAAUGGUUGUCAAAUCGGGAUGCGAGUUGUUCAAAUUCUACAUUAAUGUAGAUCAUCGAUAUAUCUUUGAUACUGAAGAGUUUACACUCAGUUAACCAGGCCUAACAUAUGCAUAUUAAUUAAACUCGCUAGUUUAUCGGUG